UCUGCAGGUGUUGAGGAGGCAUAUGUUGGAGCCUGCUGAUUGCAUGGCUCACCUCCUUAACCCGUGCCACAGGAGCAUUGCUUAAUUCGAGGGGGCGACGAGGACAAAUCAGGAGAGGGAGUUGGCAGAUGAGGCUGACAUUUACCUUCGACGGCACGCGGGAUCGGACAGGCAGCUAUCAGGAUUUAAGGACAACUUUGAGGGAGUUCCACAGUCGAGAGGGCGAUUGUACGUAUGGCGGUCGCGACGGCCCGACAGGGAUAGAGAUGCGGAGAGUUGCAGGAGGGAGAAGGAGACAUCGGUGGUUGCUAAGUCAUGCAGAGGCGCAGCGUCCGGGCCCGUCCAUUCAACAGCGACAGCGUACAUCCAUCGACUCCGACAGUGACGAGGACGGUAGAGGGUAUGACGGCAGCAGCGAGUCCGACGACGAUAUGGAUUUUGACAAGGGUGCGGAUGACACCAGACUGGGAGGUGAUGACGGCCCUCGAGACAUUACUGUCGUGGGGCAGCAGGGCCAGCGACGUUCUGCGAGAUUGGCGGAGGAGAGAGAUCGUGGUGCGGGGGGGGAAGCCAGGGGAGGAGGAGAUGGACGAUCGGGGGGACAGACUCCUCUUUCCCCUCAGAGGGGGAGAUCCGAGGCUGCCCACCGCCUUACAGCCUCUACAGGGGACUUAGUCGCCUUUGUUGAUAGAGACGACUCAGAGGAUGGAGGGUACGUCAGGCGGGCCAUGCGGAGCACGGGAGAUGUUGUCGAUUGUCCACCCACUCAGGAGAUGGAUGUGGAGACGGAUGUGGACAGGAUGGACCGAGAGGAGAGACAGCGAGCGUUGGCGCUCGCUCAGUCCUGUCCUGUGACACGGGAUAUCAAAGCGACCUUGGAUGCUGCUCACGCCCUUGAGACGGGCAUCGCACUCGUCGCCGCGACGAAUCGUCGUGAUACCCACGUUUUGGAGUGCGAUGGGAGGGAGGAUCCUCUAGCGGCAGAUCGGCGGGGGCGGAUGGAGGAUGACAGCAGGAGAGUUUUGGGAGACCCCCCACCGUAUGUACCGUGUAGCCCGUUUGUGCCCUCUCCCAUGACAGGCGUCACCCCCCCCCCUGGGGAUCUUGUGGGGCUCAUGGAGAGCAUUAGGGCCGCAUGCGUGGCAAAUACGAGGUCAUGGGAUAGUGGGCGCGAUGGAUCAGAGGGUCGUACAUCAGGACCAGGGACACGACAUUCGGAGGGUAGAGGUUUAGACAGUCUUUCUCCGCAGUCGCGGAUGAAGACUGAGCCUUAUGGAUUAGGUUCGGUGAGGAAGGUCACUCAGGCGAUGAGAGACAUGCAGCCAGGAUUAGCUGCCAUACCCACAUUUCAGAGACCUCCACCGUUGCCGCGAGGGGGGGGACAUUGUGGUGGAUACAGCAGGUUGGGGUCGGGGCGAGAUUGGAGCACGUUCGGACAUUACCGGGGCCGGUCCUUUGACACAGCGCAGCGCACACGUGACAGGAUUUGGACUAGUUUCAGCUUGAUCCUACGAGGAUCAUCUCCUGUUAUCACUGAUAACAGGUGCGUUUGUGGUUCGAACUCUGGACGUGAUUGCCUGCGAUUACAUACAUAUGUGGUUGAGAGGAGCCCCGCUGUGACUGUGAGAAGUGAUCGUCUUGGCCACCGGUAUAAAGAAGGCAGGAUGGCGCAGUGGCUGGCGUCGCCGACCUACUCAGAUGGACCAGAGAUGCCAAUAGAUGUGAAGGGUGGGGUAUCAGUCGUAAUGCCAGAAGAAGGAACGUGGACGGACCUGGAGUCGGCCUAUCAAACCGUAAUGCUGGCCGAAAGUGAUGCCUUCCUAUGGAUUGAGACGAUGUGGACUAAGGUAACCUUGGCCAGGAUAACGCCGUGCCUAUUGGACUUAGAGUUCCGGGGGACCGUGGAAGCCCGGGGAUGGAUCUACCUGUCAAAGAAGAGGGAGACUGCGAUGGUUGUCGAACUCACCUUGGGGAAACUUCCGUACAAACUGUUCAGGGAGGCCGAGCGGGAAGUAGUGUGGGCCGCCUGCCAACGAGUGGAGAUGACGAUGGAAUCGAUUGAUGUGCGGGUAGAACUUGGGGAUAGGGAAAACGUGCGGAAGCCGUACAGGGCCCUAAGGGCGAUAUUCGCCAACAAUGGCGGCAAGACGCGUCCGUACGAACCGGCGGGACAUGCACCCGCAACCGCCCAUGGAAGCCGGAGGCGGAUGGGAAGUACCCUGAAAAAUAUUCUCACAUCCGAAGAAGUCACCCUUGCCGCUCCAUGUUUCAACGACGAGGUCGGUCGACCUUUCAUCCUUGAGACGGAUGAAGGACCAAUGGCAGUCGGCGGGGUGCUAAUUCAAAAAGGCGAAGAUGGUAGAGAGCGACCGAUCAGAUUUGAGAGUAGGACGCUCAAUUCAGCUGAGCGGCGCUACUCUCAGUUCAAGAAGGAGGUACUUGUGAUACUGCAUUGCCUCAAGACCUUUCAGGCUUACCUCUUCGGAAGGAGGUUUAUCCUGAGGAUAGACCCAACCAAUGUCGCCGGGGCCCUGAAGAACUAUAAGCCUAUAGACCCGACUGUUGGAAGAUGGGUAGGAUUUAUCUGGCAGUUCGACUAUAAGAUUGAGCGCAUAGCUGGCCUUAGGAAUCGAGCAGACGGAGUGAGCAGGGUGGCCCUCACACCCGAAGGGCUAGAAGAGGCAGAGCCGAUCGACUCAUUCCUCGACUACGAGGGCGGGACGCUGGUAGUAGACAGCGAGAUGGCCGGAACCACUUGCACAACUGGGGAGCUAUUGAUCAAAGCACUCGAAAAGGGGCCUCCGGCAGUGGUUGCCGAGUUAAGGGAAGGUACGGUCACUAGAGUUGGAAGGAAGGAAGAGAAGGACGCUUGGGGCAGUGUUGUGAAGCCCCGGGAUGAACAAAUCGCACUAGCCGUUGAGGGAGGCUGGAGAAGGGUUAUGAGCAUAAUGGAGUCUCAGGAGCUGGAGAUGCAGCGCUAUCAGGCCUAUCAGGUGGAUAAUAAUCAGACGGGUACUCAGGAAGAAGAGCAGUUCUUCCUCAUCAAGUCAUAUGAAGGUUUGUUCAGAGAAAUUGGGUUGCUACUGGUGGGGAACAAGGAACCCCACGAGGUUAGUCCUAAAGCUAGGGAGGAAGCGUAUAGGUAUGUGCUUAGAAGGGGGCACCUAUUCCGAAAGGAGGAAGGCCUGAUGCCCAGGAGAGUAGUCUGUGGAAGGAUGCGACAGCUCGACAUUAUUCAGGCCAUGCAUGACGGAUUGGUCGGUGGCCAUCGCUCAUCCAAAGGAACCCUAGCCAAGAUAACGCCGCUCUAUUAUUGGCCGGGAAUGGCAUCUAUGGUAGCCACGUACUGCCAAACCCGCAAAAUCUGCCAGGAACGAAGCAUGGUCCGCAUUUUCGAGCCACUUAGACCCACCCACGUGUUGGGGCCAGGGCAUAUGGUACAUCUCGACCUGGCAGUCAUGCCGGUUUCCAGAAAAGGGUACAGGUACAUACCUGACGCAAGGGAUAACCUUAGUGGGUUUGUCGAGGCAACCUCGCUCAAGAAGAAAACUAGGUUUGCAGUUGCAGACUGGGUGGAGGACUUUUAUCUGAGGCACCCGUUCAUCAGGAGAUUCAUAGCCGACAAUGGGACUGAGUUUGUGAACCAGGACAUCCUGAAUACCUGCAAGAGGCUUAGCGUACCGAUCAAAUUGACAGAACCAUACCACCCUGAGGCCAACGCGCUAGUCGAGCGAGGGCACCAAAGGCUUAAGAACACGAUUGCAAAGUUGGCAGCAGAUGACCUUGGGAACUGGCCGGACUAUCUCAGACACGCGGUAAGUGGCUUGGACGACCUGGCAAUGAAGGGAUUGUGCGCCAUGGGACCGUAAUGAGGAGAAGGGGGGUUGAAUCUCGAACGGACGGGAUGGACUUUGGGCUUUGACGAUUGCAUGACUAGCGCGACCUGAAAAGACUAAGGGUCGGGGAUGGGGUUGGAGUCUGACUUUGCCGUGAUGUGUGACUGUGGCUGGGUCGCGAGUUUGGUAGGACCACCUGGAAGGACUAAGGGCGGUCACGAGACCUAGGAGAUGUAUGCGUGGGCCGACUAGAGGAAAGAUAGGGGCUAGGGGCAAAGGGACGAGCCGCCCCGAUGAUGCUAUAGGAAACUAGGGUUGUUAGUGAAGGAGUGCGUGGCCUAAGGAGAACGCUUAGCCUACGCACCGUAAAGAAGAGAAAGCUCUCAAUGAACCUCCCUGGAAUGC